GAACGUGAACUGGAAGCUGUUUAUAUGAUACUCUUAUCUAGUCAAACAACGAUUCUAAUGAAGAGUAUUUCGUUGGAUAUCUUGAACACGCCGGCUAUUCAAAAUUGUGGUUCCAAUGUUGUUCAGACUAAGUCAUUCGGGCAAUUGUUUUAUCGGAUUCUUAUUUCUGUAAAUAGUUGUUUUUGCGUUUUGACGUGUGUGAAUACUGCUGAUUAUUUAUUUCAUGCUCACUUUGUAACACUCGGUUGGUUAAAUCAGAGUACAAAGCGAAUUUAUGUAGAAAAAGGAAUAGGUAAAAAUCUCCUCUCGAGUCAUGAUUGGUCAGUAAUCUAUUUUGAAUAA